CAUUUAUACUAAUUAUAAUUAGUGUAAGUAAUACUAGUUGAUGGAGAACCUGUUGGGAUAUGUUUUGGGGGGUUUGCCACUACUGGGAUUGCUACUAUGGUGGUGGAAUGAAAUUUGGUAUGUUUUUCCGAUCAAUUUUAGAUUUUCCGGUGAUAAUUGUGCAAAGUUACCACCUGGCCACAUGGGCCUUCCCUAUUUUGGAGAAAUGUUCACCUUCUUUUGGUACUUCAAAAUUCUUCGUCGUCCUGAUGAUUUCAUCAAUUAUAAAAGACGCAAGUAUGGUGACGGAGUAGGAUUAUACCGAAGUUAUCUGUUUGGAUCACCAUCGAUCAUUGCAUUUUUACCAUCGGUGAAUAAAUUUAUACUGCAAUCCGAUGAUAAAUUCAUUUUGGAGUGGCCAAACGUGGAAACUGUGGGUUCUAAGAGCUUGGUUGCAGUUCAUGGAAAAGCUCAUGCCAGACUCAGAAGCUACGUCACCACCGCCAUCAAUCAGCCUGAUGCUCUCCGCCGCAUAGCGGCUCAAGUCCAACCUGCCAUGGUGGCUGCCCUCCAGUCUUGGGCGGAGAGCGGUAAGAUCAAUGCAUAUAAGGAAACCAAGAAGGUGACAUUUGAGAAUAUUGGAAAAUUAUUUGGAAGCUUGAAACCAGGGCCCAUGUUGGAUACCAUGGAUAAGCUGUUUUAUGGGUUGGUGAAGGGCAUUAGAGCUCAACCACUGAAUUUUCCUGGAACUGCUUAUCAUCAUGCUCUUCAGUGUAGAAAAAAACUUGAUACGAUAUUUAGAGGGGUACUACUAGAGAAGAAGAGAAACAACAAGGACAAAAAUGGAAUUACAAAUGAUCUAAUGGAUGGGUUAAUGGAGAUUAGAGAUGAAGAGGGAAAUCAAUUAAGUGAGGAAGAGGUAGUAGAUAACAUUGUGAGCCUUGUUGUUGCUGGAUAUGAAUCUACUUCCAGUGUCUCAAUGUGGGCUAUUUAUUAUCUUGCCAAGUUUCCUCAAGUUCUAAAAAAACUAAGGGAGGAGAACAUGGCUAUAUGCAAAAAUAAAGGGGAUUUCAUUACAAGUGAAGAUGUUUCAAAACUCAAGUACACAAAUAAGGUGGUGGAGGAGACAAUAAGGAUGGCCAACGUAGCACAAGUUAUGUUCAGACUGGUAACCAAGGAAGUCGAGUACAAAGGUUAUAGAAUACCUAAGAAGUGGAAAGUAGUUUUGUGGACUCGUUAUCUGCAUACCGAUCCUCAAAACUUUGAAGAUCCUCUCUGCUUUAAUCCUGAUAGAUGGAAUAAUUCCGCAAAGCCUGGAACUUACCAGGUUUUCGGAGGCGGGUCUAGAAUCUGUGCUGGAAACAUGCUCGCUCGGCUACAACUUGCACUACUUCUGCACCAUUUAUCUGUCGGAUACAAGUGGGAACUAAUUAAUCCUGAAGCGACAAUGACUUAUCUGCCGCACCCAGUUCCAGCUGAUGGAAUUGAGGUCUCAUUCAACAAAAUUUAAGGAUCAAUUUGUCAAUUUAUUACUUUAGUAUUGUAACCAGCUGCAUAAAAUUAAUAUAUGUAUCUAUUUGUCGGUUGUUUUGUUUUA